GGGAGGGGCGUGGCUUUCCGGCGAGCGCGGCUCUCCGCUUGGCUGGAGCGCGCGUGCUCGGUGUCGACGUUCUGGUCUGGAACAUGGCGGCGCGGUCGCUGUGGGCGGUGCAGCGGCUGCAGCGCCUCCUGGCCUCGGGGCUUAUGUCAGAGAGCAGGGGAUGGCUACACCCAUUCAGCACUGCCACCCAAAGAACUGCUGGGGAAGACUGCAGUUCUGAGGACCCUCCUGACGUACUCGGUCCCUCCCUUGCUGAGCAAGCUUUAAGGCUAAAAGCUGUUAAACUGGAAAAAGAAGUCCAGGAUUUAACACUGAGAUACCAGAGAGCUGUCGCUGAUUGUGAAAACAUAAGGAGACGAACCCAGAGAUGUGUAGAAGACGCCAAGAUAUUUGGAAUCCAGAGCUUCUGUAAGGACUUGGUGGAGGUGGCAGACAUUUUGGAGAAGACUGCCGAGUGCUUUUCAGAAGAAACCAAACCUGAGGACCACAAGCUUACUCUGGAAAAAGUCUUUCAAGGACUGUCCCUUUUAGAAGCAAAGCUGAAGAGCGUGUUUGCCAAGCAUGGCCUAGAGAAAAUGACACCGAUUGGUGACAAAUAUGACCCUCAUGAGCAUGAACUCAUCUGUCACAUGCCAGCAGCUGUAGGGGUACAGCCUGGCACUGUGACAUUAGUACGGAAAGAUGGCUACAAGCUUCAUGGCCGCACCAUUAGACUUGCCCAAGUAGAAGUGGCAGUGGAGUCUCAGAGAAGGCUGUGAACAAGCCACCAGGAACUAAAACUCUCGCAGGUUCUGGCACCUGUGUCUCCUUUAUUUAUUAAGCUGGUUUGUAUUAUACAUGAGGUCCUUCGUGUGCUCCACUUUGGAUUUAGUCAUAUUGGCUUUACCUCUGCAGUAUCUUAUUGGUUUAUGUGGCCUGUUUGGUCUCAUCAAAAGUCCUGCCACUGGGCAUUUGAACAAUGUGACGAGUGUCCUAUGGCCUUUUUCAAAAUGUUUACAAAAAUCAUUUAAGUUGGUACUCUGAUGACUGAAUCCAAAAUCCCUUAAUUGUGUUUUCAACUAAUUUCUGGAAUUAGUGCAGCAUAGUGUGUCUUAUAUUUUAUGGGAAAGGGAGAUGGUAGGGAUUGGUGUGACAUUUAGGUACUUAGAUUGACAAAGCUUUACCCUUGUAUAAAUUUAGAUCAUUUGGGUUGACAUAUAGAGAGAUUUUUAAAAGAAUUUUUAUUUCAUUUUUUAUUUAGUCAUCUUUUUUACUUGUAAUCCCUGCUAGGGGUCACACAUUAUUCCGUAGCCGCCCCUUUCUUGUUCCUUUUGGAAGGGCUAAAGGGUCUGUCGGGCCAGUCUUCCUUUUUUUUGUUUAUGAGGUGUGCUCUUUUACUAAACUGAUCUCAAGUCCAUGAACAGGUAAGCUCUUGACAAACAACCCACUCCCAGGAAGACCAAAAGCCUCCAUAAAUCUCAAGUUGGAGAGUCCAGCAUGGGGGACCAAGCAUAGUAGCUGACUGUUCAAAAUUAAAAACAAAGUAUUAGGGUGGAUAAUUUUUUGAAAUACACAAAAGUAAUGCUGCUGUCUCAUCUCACUUGCAUGCACUCGGAUGACCUGGGCAUCCUCCUUUCUAAAUUAGGGUGGGGUGCUUCUUUGGGGAGGACAAGGGACUUCCUGUAGCAACAACAAAAUGCAAAAUCUUCAACCACAUUGCAAAACUUUGGGGAUGCGUAUCCCAAAUCAGCUGCUGUCACCUUCACCAUUCCAGUUUUUAAAUCCUGAAUCAAAAGCACCAAUAUAUAUAUUUAUAAUUGAGAAAAAGAACAAAGUUGUCUCAGGGUUUUUUUUUUCCAUGCACAUUUUGUCAAGAAAAGAUGUGAACACAACUCCGUCAUUGUCCACCUAGAAUCAUUUGCAGUGCAUGAAGGAAGGACCGUUGUAUUCCUCCUUGCUGAACCAGGAGGCCAUAGUGGAACUGCCUAUCCACAUGGAGUACUUGCAUUUGGGGAGAAUGGUGUUGAUCUUCACUGUACUAGGAGCCAGAUCAGUGAUCUGUAUGCUGGUGUAAUUGGUGCCUGGGUACAUGGUGGUACCUACAGACAGCACUGCGUUAGCAUAGACGUCUUUGCUGAUAUUGACACCACACUUGAUGACAGAAUUGAAGAUAAGUUCAUGGGCACCAUAAUAGUCCACACCCAGAAAGGAAGGCUAGAAGAGCGCCUGGGGGCAGCAGAAUUGGUCCUUGCUCAUAGUGAUGACCUGGCUGUCGGACAUAACUCUUCUCCAGGAUAAAGGAUGCAGCAGCAGGCAUGCCUUACUGGAAGUCCAGGGGGAAAUGGCACAAUUUCUUGAUAUUAGAUCCAUUUCCUGCUUCGCUAUGACGAAGUUGUAGCCAUGUUUAUUCUGGAACUUCAUGGGUAGGUCCUGUAGAUGGGCACUGAUAGGGGUGUGGGGGUGCGUUUGUGUGGAGUCCAUCAUGAAGAGUAGUUCCUGUAGAUGAGCACUGUGUGUGCGCGCGCGCGCACGCGUGUCUGUCUCUGGAGUUCAUCAUGAGGCAGGUGAUGCCAACAGAGUUGUACAGACAGCACAGCCUUGGUGGCUGUGUGGAUGAGUAGAGUGUUGAUGAUCUUGAGCAUGAUCUGGGUCUUUUCAUAACUGGUGUGGCGUUAAGGGAACCUUGGUAAGCAGCUAGUGCUCUUUCAGGGCCACACGUGUUCAUUGUAAAAGGUGUAGUAUCUCUGUUAUCCAAGUUGGUGACAGUACCACUCUCCAUGAAUACCUCAGCAUCAGGAUGCUUUUGGUCUGGGCCUAAUUGCCCAUAUAGGAGUCCUACUGGCCCAUGUCCACCAUCACAUCCCCAGUUUGGUGGAUAAAACACCAUAGAAGCAAGAGAGACUUGGACACAUCCCCGCCUAUGCAGCCAGCUUUGUACAUGCUGGGACCGGUGUAGCAGUAUCUGCUUCCAUGGCAGAUGGUAGCAGGUCGAGACUCAGCAGCAGAGAGACUUGUGUGUGUGUCAGGUGAGUAUGGGUUCUGCAGAUCCUCUUCCCUCAUAAGCAGUUAUUUUCAGACCCUUGGGUGUGAAAUACCCGUGACAAUACCAGCGGCAAAAGACCCAAACACAAUUGUAUGAGUAAUUACCUACAAAUGGCUGCUUCCACCAACCCUUACUCCUGCCCUUUGUCAGAUUUGCCCUGGGAUCUUAUAUUAGAUUGUAUGGGGAGGUAAUGGACAAAAUGCUUUACUCCCAUGAAUUUCUCAUCUAAUAAUGCUGAGGUAUGCCUUUUUUCCUUUGUGGUUGAAACUGACAAAUUACUACUUCUCACAUCAACAAACUUUAAUUUGUGUUUUUAGCACUGGGGAUUGAAGGCAAGGUCUCCAGAAUGCUAGGUAAGCACUCUGCGACUGAGCUCUGCUCCUAGCCCUGACAAGCUUUGUUUCCUGUUAUUAAAUCCAUCUUAAGCCAUA